AUGGUGUUCGACCUGCUGCCGGGUGACGCUCAAACGUUCUACAGCGCGGAUUCGGUCGACAAUGAAGACGAAUCACUGUUCUCGAUCGAGUACCUUCAGAGUCUCAACAUCGCCGGAAUGCCGUUGCACGCUGCAAGAUUCAAAGUGGAAACUUGGACCCCGCCGCGGAGCUGUGCAACGGCACAAGACUGUUGUCAACUCGGUUACACACCCGCGGGCUCGAGGCCAUCAUUCUCACAGGAGAUCAUGCUGGACAGCCAGUUUCGUUGCCACGGAUCACGCUGAAGACAGGGCCAUCAGCUGA